AAACAAAAACAUAAAUACGUCAAAAAUCUAACCUGAACCUAAAAUUUUGGAAAAUUAGUGUUUCAGAAUUCAGAUUUGAAAAUCACAUAUUUAUCAAACUUUGAAGAUGAACUGAGGUUGAACUACUUGAGCUACGGAAUACUCUUGAUAGUCUUCUUCCAAUUCAUCGAAGAAAUAAUGGAUAUAGCUAAUUCAUUGAAUUUACCAGCAAAUUGUCGGCUUUGUCUGGGACCAGGAGAAUGUAGGAAUAUUUGUGAAAUGCCCUACUACAUCAUUAUCAUCCAGAAAAUAACUAACGUAAUGGUACAAAACAGUGAUGUUUUACCAAAGAACAUUUGCAAUGGUUGCUGUAUAAAACUGGAUGAAAUCUCCCAAUUUAUAGAAAUGUGCAAUGAAAGCAAUGCUACACUCAAUGCACUUUAUGAACCUAAGGUAAUAAAGACAGAUCAUGUUGAAUCUGGAGAUGUGAAAGACACAAAAAUUGAAAUUGAUGAUGGAGAUAAUAUUAAUCAGGACACAGACGACAAUGACAUAAAUGAAUAUAAUGAACAUACUAAAACAGAAAAAAUGAAUUUAUUUUAUAGGUCCAUACAACAAAAUGAAGACACAAAUGAUAAAAGUAUUUUGGCCAAAUGCAGACUAUGUUGUUGGAUAGGUAAAGAUGAUAAAUACUUGAAGCAACAUGAAAGGGAACACCUUAAUUCUUCUGGAAGAUGGAAAUGUAUCGAUUGUGAGAAAACCUACACAAAAAAAUAUGAUUUAGUGAGGCACAGACAGAUCCACACUGGCAAAAAAAUUUAUGAAUGCAUGGAGUGUGGGGAAUGUUUCACACAAAGUCAUGCCAAGAAAAGACAUUAUCUGGCCAAACACUCCACAGACAUUGAAGAAUGCAAGUUUGAGUGCUAUAUUUGUGGACAAAUAUCCAAGAGGAAGGAUAACCUAGAAGCACACAUGCUAAGCAUCCACAUCAAGAAACAAACAAAUUCAUGGUAUGAUAAAUUGAAUUCUACCUGGAACUGUUCAAUUUGUGGUAAAACUUUCAGUCUGUAUUCUUAUCUGGAACACCAUUCUCUUAUCCAUGAAGGAAAAAAACAGAAAAGAACCAGAACAAAAUCAGACAGGAUGAAAGUUUCUCUCUCUCAGAGCUUCUCCCCAACUUUGUGUAGUAUUUGUGGAAAAUCUUUCAACAAGAGAAAAACAUACCUGGGACAUAUGAGGUCAAAACAUUCGAAUAAGUCAGCACCUCCAGGCCCAAAAAAAGACAACUACCAAUGUUGGCAGUGUGGUAAAAUCUUCAGUGUACUGUCCAACAUGAAGCGUCAUAUCAGGGUACACACUGGGGAAAAGCCAUACACUUGUAAGUUCUGUGGCAGAACUUUUGCUCAGCACAACAGUUGGCAUGACCAUGAGAAUAUCCAUACUGGCACUAAGCCCUAUAAAUGUGAUUAUUGCCAUAAAAGCUUCACUCAAAGGCCAUCAUUGAAGAAGCACUUGAGGUCUUCCAUACACAGAAAGAUUCACUGAGAGAUCUGCUUGGACAGAAUAAUGAGUUUAAUUUUCUAGGAACAGAAGAUGGAAUUACUGAGGAGAUUGCUAUGACUGCAGGCUGGAAUAGAUAGUGUUUUCUUGGAAUUCUUGUAGUUGUGUGUUAGUAGUAGGAGUUUGAGUUACUAUAGUUGCAAAUUGAAGUCUUGAAUAGCAGAACCAAGACAAAACACACACUCAAACUCAGAUUCACUGAUUUUAUUAUGCAGUAUAGAUAGGUUAUGAUGUUAACCAUAGCAAUAUUUAUACAUCUCUUGAGGUCAAACAUCUAGGAUAUUAUAAUGGUCAAAGUAUUAUUGAAUUGUAUUGAUUCAAUUGUACAAAAGUACCUAAUAUCACAACAUGAGAACCUUAGAUGGUUUUACAACUCUUUGGAUGGAUGUAUGUGAUAACAUGAUUUGAUAAAUUCUGGAGUUUAUUCAGGAUGAAUAAAAGUACAAUUAUACAAUAC